AUGAACCAAAAAACUCUUGAGCGUAUUAACACCAAAUUCAUUAUUUCUGAAUUAAGAAAAAAUAAUACAAGUACGUUAUGUUUUAUAUCUUUUUUUUUCUGUGAUGCAAUAUUUACAUCAUACAAUUCUAAUAUUAAGAAAUAUCUUUGUCUUGCGUUUUCAUGUUGUGUUGGAAUGAAGUGUAUCCUUUCCUUUUCAAGAAAAAAGACCAAAAACGGGACUGUCUUCAAUAUUGAUUCGUUGUGCUAUCUCCAAACAGAUUACAUCACUCAAUCAACGAUGUCGAUUUAUGAUGAAAAUACAAUGAGUAAUAGAUCAAAAAGAAGAAAAAUUGAAAAAGAGGCUUUAAAGAGCUCUAAAAACAAAAUCGAUAGUAUUCUUGUUGAAAAAAAUAUUAAAAAAGACUCAGGCACAUUUCUCUCAUUCUUUAAUGAAACUGAGAGUCAAGAAUUAUGUUUCCGGUUACUUAAAAUACUAGAAUUGAAAAAAGAAAGUGAAAGAAGUGCAAAACAAAUUAUGCUCAUGCCAUAUGAAAAGGAAGUAAGACAAUUAGUAAAGAGUGUUAUAGAGUGUGUUAACCCAAGUCCUUCAUCUUCUUUUUUUGACAAAGAACUACUCUUAAACUUCUUACAAGAAUAA